CGACGCGAGCGGACGCGCACCUCUCUUCUCAAGGGUAAAUGCAUCUGCCGGUGUCCGACGGCCACCCCAUGCCUAACGCCGACUCCGAAGCCAAGGCCAUGACCGCGCACACCGACCUCGCCACCGAGCUCGGCUACGCCGGCAUCCAAGAGCUGCUGUCCGAGCACCACGGCGAACUCGUCCAGACCGGCAGUCCCGGAUUCCUGUGCUCGGUGCUGCCCAACCACUGGCGCUCGAACAAGUCGCUACCUGUGGCGUUCAAGGUGGUCGCCCUGGACGACGUCGCCGACGGCACCAUGGUCACCAUCAACGCUGGCAACGACGAGAACUACUGCGCCGAACUCAGGAACUGCUCGGCCAUCAUGAAGAACCAGGUGGCCAAAUUCAACGACCUCAGAUUCGUAGGCAGAAGUGGCAGAGGGAAGAGUUUCACACUAACUAUCACAGUCAGCACCUUGCCUCUCCAGAUUGCCACGUACUGCAAAGCCAUCAAGGUGACUGUCGAUGGGCCCAGAGAACCCAGAACAAAAUCAAUGCAUUUCCUGCCAGGUCAGCAUCCCGGAGCCUUCGGGCCCUUCUCCAUGGUGCCCUCGCAGUGGCUCGACCCUGCCUAUGUGGCCGCCUACAAUUGGGAUUACAUUCGCAGAACCACCGUGGCUGAAUUCUGCAAACUGCCUGGGGUCAUACAGCCGCCGUCGUUUAUGAAAGGCGGUGCUGAAAUGAGACCUAACGAUUUCUACCUCGGCCAACCUGGCGCUUUCCCACCACAUUACAUGCCCCCUGGCGCCCUGCUGCCCUACCCACCCCCACCAGACCCGGCAACCCUUGUACAGCCCGCUGGAGCCAGUCCCUUGACCUCGAGUUCGCCACCCUCGCAGGCAGCAACCAGCACGUCCCUUUCGCCCGCACCCCUACUGCCAGCACCUAGCAGCCUCCUCAUCAAACGACCCCUCUCGCCUUCCUCUUCACCCCUGAACUCGAACAAAUCCAGUUCCCCAACCUCUUCGGAGCAACAGGAGAGUGUAAGGUCUGCAUUCCAACAAGUAAAGCCCUCUGCGUCCAAAGUGCAGGUGUCGCCACCCCUCACAGCAUCCUCCAGCUCGCCCAAGGGCGAGGAAGAAAAAGCUGCAGCCAAAGUGAAAUCAGACAGUACUGUUAUCAAAAGUGGUUGCGGCCCCACGCCGAGUAAUUUGGCGACGCACAAAACCGUCUGGAGGCCGUACUGAGAGACAAAGCUGGAAGCAAAAAUCGAGUGAUAUGUAAAUAAAAACAAACAACUCCCAUGAUAUGUGCAGUAUUUUGACUGAAAAUAGUGUACAGCGUGUAGCGAAAGAAAGAAAGAAAGUAAGUGCAAUGAGCAGAGCUUUUGGUCCAAAUAAUUAUAAUAGCUGCAGCCGAAAUGUAUGUGCGCGACUUGUUGUUUGAUUGCACCUUGUAUGAAUACAGUAUGCAUACUUGUCAUGUAGGUAUUUUUGUAAUUUAUGCUGUGUACAGUAUGCAUUAUAUACAGAAAAAGAGUCAAUAAGAAUAUUACCCAAAGAAAUUCAAUAUAUUAGAAAAUUGAGAAAGAGGAAAAUUGGUCG